UCUAUAUAUAGAAGGGGCCAAGACUCAGACACCCUCUACACAUGCAAGUGUCCUCUGAUCUGAACUUAAAGGCAAAGAACUGCAGUAAAUUGCCCCACAAACAGUGGGGGUGACCACGCUACCUAUUAGAGGGGGCAACAACUUGAGAAAAGGGACAAAGCGGAAACAAGUUAUGAAUUUUGCUGCUCAAUUCAUAUACUCCAAGAUAUUAAGCAACAGGGAGCCUGCCCAGGACACUGAAAGAGAGGAAGACUCUGAUCCCUUCUGGAGCAGCUGUGUCCAGAGUUUGUUCCUAGACAAAAAGGAUGAAGGUCAAGACAAAAAGAAAAAUGCAUCAGGGAAAAUGAAGACACAGACUCAAAAAAAUGGCCCAAGACAAGGAGACAAAAAUGGGCCACAUGUCCCUCCAAUCCACCCUGAGAGACUGAAGGACUUUGUAGAAGAGGAAUACCUGAACAGAGACGUAACAACAUGGGAAAUAAAAACUGCAGGAAAUGUGGAGGAACCAUUGAAGGAUGCUGUUGAAUUUGUUGUUCCAAAAGUCCAGAAGUCCAGUGUGAGACCAAAGAAUGAGUUUCUGAGAUUUGAAGAUAUCAGCGCAGCUGCUUUUAAAAUCCAAAGUGGUGUUCAGAAAACUCCUUGCAUGUAUUCAAGGAUUUCAAAACAAUAUGGAAUUGAUAUUUACUUGAAAAAGGAAUAUCUACAGUAUACAGGAUCUGUUAAGGAGAGAGGGGUGCUGUACCUGCUGACGUCGCUUCAUGAGAAUCAGCAGAGGAAAGGCGUCAUUGUGGCUACAGACAGUAACUUUGCCAUGGCUGUGGCUUUCCAUGCCUCAGAGCUACAAAUACCUGUGUUUGUCAUUAUGUCAGCUGGAACCUCCCCUAACCGAGUCAGAAUGUGCCGUGACUAUGGAGCCAUGGUUAUUUUGUUUGGGCCAACAGCAAGAGAUGCCCAGAGCCAUGGAAGAAGACUGUCACAAGAGAAUGGCUUCCUUUAUAUUGAGGAGGAAGACAGUGCUGGAUAUCUCGCAGGACUUGGCACUGUGGGACUGGAGAUCUAUGAGCAGGUGCCUAAUUUGGAUGCAGUAAUAUUUCCUGCAGGUGGACACUGUGGUUUGUUGGCUGGGUCAGCAGCUGCCCUGAAACACCUGAAUCCAAAAAUAGCAGUGAUUGGUGUGGAGACUGAGACAUUCCCCAUUGUACAACAGGCUUUGAAAACUGGCCUCUGUGUGACAGAACAUGACUGUCUCAUUCACCCCUUAUAUGGAGAGCUGGGUGGGCCUUCUUUUGGUGCCAAUACAUUAAAGUUGACCAAGAAGCUUAUAGACCAGGUCAUAUCAGUGAGGGAGGAAGAUGUGCUGCUGUCAAUGCUGAGGCUUCUAGAGUGCGAGAGGGUCACAGCGGAUGCAGAAGGUUCAAUGGGACUCGCUGCUCUAAUAUCCGGGGCAUUACCAGACCUGAAAGGGAAAAGGGUAGCGGUGGUGGUGUGCAGUGCGAACCUGCCGCUGCCAUUACUGCGUCACUGCCUGGACAAAGCUCUGGUUCUGGAUCAUAGAGUCUGCAAAUUCUCCAUUGUGCUGCCAGAUUUUUCUGGGGAAAUCACAAAACUCUUGGAGGCUAUUGGUCGGGAAGAAGUCAGGGUGCUGGAUAUGCAGAAAGAAAAUAUAUUUCUGAGCAAUGACCUGUUCACCUUAGAGGUAACGUGUCUGGUGGAGACCAGGGAUAAGGCCCACUCCAUGCAGUUAAGGACGGCUCUUGCCGAUAGAUACUCAACCCUUAAAUGGAUAGAGCAAUGAGGAGAGAGCCAGUCACCUUGGCAGAUGAAUGCAGAGACUUUUAUCAGCAUUUGUUGCUUUCUUUUCUGGUCUCAAAGGCAGGUUACAAAGACCUAAAAAACCCCUGGUUACUACUGCCUCCAAUCUUACUCACCUGAACACUACAGCAAUGCUCCCAUUCCCCUAUGUGUUUACUCUAGUUAUAGGUGGUAAGCAAAACAGCUGUAAGUAUUAGCCUGACAGUUAUAUUACGUGUGUUCUGUUUACCUUAUUGUGAUUUGUCAUUUUAAAGCAGCAUUUUGUGGAUGUACAUGUGUGAGACAUAUAAAACUUUUACACUAGA